AUGAUGAAAGAUUUUGUGCUGGCAUGUCAAGAUAAUGAAGACAUAUCCAAUCUGAAGAAGGAAGUGGAAUCAUUUUCUACAUGUUUCCCAAUGCCAGGAUUUGAUCCAACCAACUUGUCUAGCAAUUUGAAUCCGUCUGAAUAA